AAAAAAACCUCUCUUUCUCCCGAGGGUUUUAAGAAUCCCUGAAGUCUAAUCCUCAAUACAGUAAGCAUGAUCGAAGUGUUCACUGUCGUCUAUUGAAUCAAAACCCUACCUUUCUCCUCGAUUCUCUUCCAAAUCUCUCGAUCCUGAUUUUGAUGGCAUCUGCCCUCAUAAAUCGAGCAAUUACUGGUCUCCGAUCGCUUCGGCCUUCGCUCUCGAUCGCCCAAAACUCAAGAUCCCACACUUCCUUCUCAAAGAGAGGACAAUUUUAUCGUCGUGCUGGAUUCUCUCCUUUGGUUUCAUCUCCGAAAACUUGUAUUCUUGUUCGUUGUUGUGGGAGUGCUUCUUCUGCUGCGAGCAUGACGACGUCUGCGAUUGAGUCGGUAUCAAGAAGUGAGCCUGUCGUUUCUUGUGAUUGGUUGCAUUCUAACCUUAGAGAUCCUGAUGUGAAGAUAUUGGAUGCUUCCUGGUACAUGCCUAAUGAACAAAGGAACCCAUUUCAAGAAUAUCAGGUUGCCCACAUACCUGGUGCUUUAUUCUUUGAUGUUGAUGGAAUAUCAGAUCGGAGUUCUAAUCUACCACACAUGUUGCCAUCAGAGGAAGCUUUUGCUGCUGCUGUUUCUGCUCUAGGUAUCCAGAAUAAAGAUGGGGUUAUUGUUUAUGAUGGGAAGGGAAUAUUCAGUGCAGCCCGUGUUUGGUGGAUGUUCCGAGUAUUUGGACAUGAUAAGGUUUGGGUGUUGGAUGGAGGCCUGCCACAGUGGCGUGCUUCAGGAUAUGAUGUUGAAUCAAGUGCCUCUGGUGAUUCAAUUUUGAAAGCUAGUGCCGCAAGCGAAGCAAUUGAGAAGAUAUAUCGUGGACAGCCGGUUGGUCCAGCCAAUUUUGAGGCAAAACUCCAGCCUCAUCUUCUUUGGACCCUUGAUCAGAUUAAACAAAACAUUAACGACCAAACUCAUCAACAUGUAGAUGCUCGGUCCAAAGCCAGGUUUGAUGGUCUAGCACCAGAGCCACGAAAAGGAAUAAGAAGUGGUCAUGUACCAGGCAGCAAAUGCAUUCCUUUUGUUCAGAUGUUGGAUGGCUCUCAGAUGCUAUUGCCUUCCAGUGAGCUUAUGAAAAGGUUUGAACAAGAAGGCAUCUCUCUAGAUCGUCCAGUCGUUACCUCUUGCGGAACUGGUGUAACUGCUUGUAUUCUUGCUUUGGGUCUUCACCGGAUUGGUAAAUCUGAUGUUCCCAUUUAUGAUGGAUCUUGGACGGAGUGGGGUUCUCAUCCUGACACACCAGUUGCAAGUUCUUGAACCGUAUGUGGUGUUUUAUGAUUUCUCCAUGUGCCGAGACCAUGAUCAUGAGUCAGGAGAAUGUAUAUCAGACAGGCGCGCCCGGUUUCUUCUCAAGAUUUCUCGUGUAAAUGCUCGAAGUUUAAUAAGGCUUGUUUUGAGCUGUUUCUAUAUGGACCGUUACUUACGUAAUUUUUGCAUGCCCUUAAAUUAACAUCUAACAAUUUGGAUAUGCUGGGACAUCAUCAAAGGAAGAAGAAAAGUGUGCUUUGGCUUAUGCGA